GUGAUGCUCUUUCAUACAUCUCAACUUCUCUCAAACCAGCUGGUGCAGUGCAGCAGACAUUUUCUGCUCAGUGUUCCUCUCAGGGUUCUGGUUGCUUAGACGAACAGGCUGGAGAGAGGGUCCAGUCUCCUGAGGAGGAUUUCUUUCAGGAAGCCUCACCAGCGUAACAACAGUCCUCAACCCCAAGAGGCCAAUGACAUGGGGGGAAGUGGAGAUGACAGUGGGCCGGGGAGGCUGAGUCGCAGAUUGUCUCGCCUGGGCAGCAGGCAUCACUCCAGGGAUCCCCCGAGACCUCCGGCUCAGCAAGACAGAUCACCUGCUCCACCUGACAGACCUGCUCAACGAGAUGACAGACCUUCUCCACCAGCUCUUGCUCCAUCUCCUGCUCCAGCUCCAGCUCCAGCUCCAACUCCAUCUCCAUCUCCAGCUCCUCUCUCCCCACCCAUGGAUAUUCCACCUAAACGCCCAGACAAAUCCACAAAACCCAAACUUCCCCCUCGGCCGCUGUCCAGGGCGUUCAGUAGCACUGAACAUGGAACAGCUGUGUUGCAGGGCUUCGAUGCUUUUCGGGCAAAUGACGUUCUCUGUGAUGUCAUCUUGGUUCCUGGAGACAGCAAGGAAACUUUCCCAGUUCACAGAGUCAUCAUGGCUUCAUCCAGUGACUACUUCAAGGCAAUGUUCACAGGAGGCAUGAGGGAGCAGGAGAUGAGAGAGAUCAAGCUACAUGGAGUCACUAAAUCAGGUUUAAAGAACAUUAUAGACUUCAUCUACACAUCCAAAGUCAACCUCGACAUGGGUAAUCUCCAGGACACACUGGAGGCUGCAAACUUCUUGCAGGUCAUGCCUGUUCUGAGCUUCUGCAAUCAGCUUCUGAGCAGUGAGAUUACUAUUGAUAACUGUGUGGAGGUGGAGCGUAUCGCCACAGACUUGCUUCUGGAGGACGUUCAGCUAAACAUAGGUGAGUUUGUGAGCCAGAACCUCUCAGAGUUGAAGCAGUGUGGUCGCUACCUCCAGCUCUCUGAGACCAGCAUGGCCAAUGCUCUUGGCAGCAACUCCCUGAAUGGUUUCACUGAAAUGGAGCUCUACCACAUCGCCAGAGGAUGGCUGGACCAUGACCCUCCUCAACGCCGCUCCGCUGUCUAUGCCUUGAUGCGUAAUAUUCGUUUCCCACUGAUGAGCCCCAGUGAGCUGAUUCAGAUCUCCCAGGAUGAUGAAGAGGGAGGCGACUCUCUGAUGCGCUCUGACACAGCCUGUGUGAACCUCCUGCUGGAGGCCAGCAACUACCAGAUGAUGCCUUUCAUGCAGCCCGCCUUGCAAACUGAGCGCACACAGAUACGCUCAGACGCCACACACAUUCUGGCACUGGGUGGUGUGAUGCGACAGCAGCUGGUGGUGAGCCGGGAGUUAAGGCUGUAUGAUGAGAAGACUGGCCAUUGGAGAGCCCUGAAGCCCAUGGAGGUGCCACGCUACCAGCAUGGUGUGGCUCUACUGGGUGGCUUCCUCUUCAUUGUUGGAGGCCAGAGUACUUAUGACACCAAGGGUAAGACGGCCAUAGACAGCGCCUACCGGUACGACCCGCGCUUCGACAAGUGGCUUCAAAUUGCUUCUCUGAACGAGAAGAGGACCUUCUUCCACCUCAGUGCUCUGAAGGGGAAACUGUUGGCAGUUGGUGGAAGGAAUGCCUCAGGGGAGAUUGACACGGUGGAGUGCUACAACCUGAAAAAAAAUGAGUGGACAUUUGUGGCCAAAAUGGUGGAGCCUCACUAUGGACAUGCUGGAACAGUUCACGGGGACCUCAUGUACAUCUCAGGUGGCAUUACCCGUGACACAUUCCAGAAGGAGCUUUGGUGUUACAAUCCUGACACUGAUGCAUGGAGUCGGCGGGCCGACAUGACGGAGCUCCGCGGCCUGCACUGCAUGUGCACUGUAGGAGACAGACUCUUCGUCAUGGGCGGAAAUCACUUCAGAGGCAGCAGCGACUAUGACGACGUCCUGGGCUGUGAAUACUACAGCCCCAAGACAGACCAGUGGACGGUGGUGGCUCCCAUGCCGCGAGGCCAGAGUGACGUUGGCGUGACAGUGUUUAAUGGGCAGAUCUACGUGGUGGGCGGGUAUUCCUGGAACAGCAGGUGCAUGGUAGAUAUUGUGCAGCGGUAUGAUCCAGAGCAGGACAUGUGGGACAGGGUGUUCAAUGUCUUGGAGCCUCUUGGAGGGAUACGUGCAUGUACAAUGACAGUUCAUCUGCCAGAGGGGUCAGUAGAUGAGGCUCAGAUCCAGGAGUGCCCGCUGCCCACAGCUAAGAGCUGAUUUGACAGUAGGCAGGGGUUUCAGACUUUCACCACAGUCUGACCAGAAUUUGCAAGGCAAAAUUGAACUGCAUGCUGUGUCAACAAGUAGGUAAAACAGGAAAUAGUGUGGGUUUCAAGCAUAAGCUGCAGGUGUAAGUAUGGCUAGCUAGCUGACAUUGGUAUUCUACAUAAAAAAUGUAAUACCUUUCUGUCAAAUCCUAUUUCACUUUCUUUAGUGUUAACUAUCUGCCAUGCAGCAUCCAUUCUGCUCUGCUUGUUGUUUUCUCUGCACAGUCAGUACAAAGACAGUGUGCAAGACUGCUCUAAGUGCCCUUGUUGAAUUUUAAGCGAACAGGGGUAAAAAGAAACAACCAAAACUUAUCUUUACAUGUAAUAAAGACACACAACAAGUUUCUAUCAUGCAUGUUUUCUUCAAACUACAAAAAACGAUCUAUGGGGAGUUUAAAUUCUCAAACAAUGUAUGCUGGAAGGUCUGCUAAUAUGCUGAUCAUGUUUCUUUAGAAACUUAUUUUAAUGAGUUGAGUGAACUCUCAGUAUAUUAAUUCAACACAUUUUCAGUCAAAACACUUCAGUCAGUACUCAUGUUUAUGAGUUCUCAAAAGGUCUGAAAAAGAAUACUGUACUAAAAUGUUUCAGUCAAAUUAACUUUAAGCUAGUAAAACGUAUAUAUUUAAGUUAAUAUCAAAAGAUUUGACUAAAGUCUUGUAUGAUGUUUCACAGUGUAUUAAACUAUUAAAACACAUAAUAAAGCCAUGUAUCAGGUUGUGGCUAAACAGACAAUGAAAUUAAUUGUUGGCUUUGGUCUUUUUUGGGAUUUUUUGCUUUUUGCAUUAAGUUAGUAGUGACCUGUAUAUGGACUGCAGUGCCUUGUUUCCAUGUGUAGUACCAACAGUGUGUUGGAGAAGAAAAUGUUGAGUUCUUACUGUUUGAUGAAUAGUAUAUUGAUUCUGUAAAAAGUAAAUGAAGACAUGCACUGUACAGUGAGAAUACUUUGGAUUUUAUUGAUGCACCAUGUUGCCAAAAUGCAGCUACUCAGCUACUCUCAUAGCAGCAAAAUUGAUGGAUAAAUAUUUGAUUUGUUAUGUUUUGUAUAUUUAUAUCAUCAUACUGUGUUUUCAGAUAAAAAUAAAAUAAA